AUGUAAUUGACAGCUAGCUAAAUUUAUUUAGGUUAUGCAUUAAGCAAAUUAAAUAAAUAUUAAGAUGCAAUUGAAUGCUACAACAAAGCUAUUUCCAUUAAUCCAAAUUAUGAUGUCAUUUGGUAUCAUAAAGGCAAUGUAUUAAACAAUUUAAAUUAACAUUAUGAAGCUAUUGAAUGCUACGAUAAAGCUAUUUCCAUUAAUCCAAAUUAUGAUGUCGCUUGGAAUAAUAAAGGCAAUUAUUUAUUAAAUAGCAUUAUUAGGCCAUGCAUUAAUCAAAUUAAAUAAAUAUUAAGAAGCUAUUGA